AUGUCAAAAAUCUGCGUCCCGCUUAGCGAGGAGCUGCUGGCCAGCACAACGGAGUGUUUGGCCACGACGCCUGGCGCAGAGAACGCCGAGAGCAGGACUGGAUCGACGUACACGGCAAUAAUGGGGUCCACCCCCAGCGAGGCCGGGGGAGGGCGGCCCAAGUGCGUCGUUGCCCGCGUCAUUGAAGACGUCGUGCGCCCCUUGAGGAACGUUCGCGUGCUUUCGCACAAAAAAUUCUGGCAUGGGGAUGAGUCGCCUGAGACGUCUAGCUCCUGCAUGAACUGUCACACGGAGCAAAGUGGGGAGGUGUGCCGCAGCUUGGUGCCUGGCCCGGUUAUCGCCAAGGAACUGCCCGCCCACGACGAGGAGAUUAUCUCCUUCCUGCAAAACACGGAGCACUUGUACCUGCUGCGGCGGGAAGAGAUGCGAGAGGCGGCGCGUGCCUCGCUGCGCCGUGAAUACCUGCCGGGGGAGGUUGUGCUUCCAGAGGGUGGGCACGCACUGCAUGUGUACGCCGUCGUUUGUGGGGAGGUGGAGGUGUUUGACCCCAACAAGGGCGACGCGGCGACUCAGUACGCCUGGACGCGCGCCCAACCCGUGCCUCAUCAACAGGGGAAAAUGAAAAAAAAUUGGUCCUGCACUGCCGACGGUGAAUGUAACUUCUUGGAUCCAGCCAGUGACGAUGAGGAAGUGAGCAAGAUGUGGGUGCCGCAACAAUCCGAGUGGUUAUUCGGGUCGUCGUCGUCUCAGGAGGAGUACAAGUUCAUGACACACUGCGGCAGGGUGAAACCCGGGAUGGUGUUUGGCCUGGAGCUCUGCGUCCUCGGCGACGCCUCUCCCCUGCGCUACGUCACCGGCCAGGCCACAGACCGAACUGUACUGGCGUUGAUUCCCUCCCCUUUGGUGCAGCAGCUGCUGGAGCGAAACCGGUACUUCGCCCAGAGCGUGGGACGGCGCGUAAGUGAGGGAGAUGUGUUUAUUCCUGUUCGUGAGUUCUGCCGCUACGUCUUUAUGCCCUCGGCGGCGAUGAACGAGUACCUUCCUCUGUGGACGAUUCUCGAUUGCUACACAAAGAUUGAGAAUGUUAUCCACACAAAGCUGAAAAGCAACAAAAUAGACACAGCAGCGUGGAGCUACGCAUUGAAGCGUCUACCAGAGAAUGUCACCACAACUUUCUUCUUUAACCUUGUAUUGGGGCUUCCGCCAUUUGUCGCGACGCGAAUGCGUGAGGAGGCGAAGAAGGCGGACGCCCGUCACUUCUUAAAGGAUGGAAAGCAUAAAGUCCAUACAAACAGGACUGCCGUUACUUACAUCCGAACCAAGGAACGCCGCCGCUGCACGUGGCAUUUAGGUAUGGAGGGCAAGGUUCUUGUGCUGCUGCGUGACGGCUACACAGAUCUACUCGACUUUAUAUCCAUGUUGUGCGUGCACAUCAUUGAAAGUAACAAGCUUCGGGGUCGUGUGCAGGGAAUGGUGCAUCCACCAGCCAUUGACGUCUUGGACGAGUAUCUGCAAAAUCGUGAGGUUGAUGAGAGUGCUGGAAUCGUGCGUGAUAACGCUUCCGAGUUGGAACGCGUGCGGGAUGUGUUGAGGCAUUUACCCUUAACAGAAGAGGAACAGAAAGGGCUUUUGGAUGUUUGGCAAACGGACUGUCUUGUCAAAAUCUAUGAAAUAAUGAUGCAUCGAGAGGAGUUUAGCGUCCGUGUGGAUCCAAGUGUUUCCCGAAGGUUUCAGACAAAUCCUUUUGUGGAGUGGGCCCUUAAUUUACGUGCCUGUAUCAUGCAGAAGAUGGGGAUGGAGCGUUAUUGGGCCCCACCAGAGGAUCUUUGCAUUGACAUUGUCAGCAGCAACACACACUGUAUCAAGAACCUGCUGUCCAGCUUCCACCGCAAGCAUCACCAUGUUAUUGAGGAGUAUGCAAGGCAUGAUAAACGGCUCGGGCCACUGGAAAACUGGCACACAUUGGAGGAUGCGUUGUAUGCCUCAACCAAAGGAGUCCUCUCCACUGAUCGAACAGACCUUAGAGAGGAGUAUGCCAAAGCCCUUGAAGAGAGUGGCAUCAUGGUACUUGCUGACACCGCUAUGACAGGACUUCAGGUGGACAUCAUCCCUGUGCAUGCACUAAACUUUGAAACUGUCGACUCUCUCAUUCGGGACUUCCUGAAGAAACACUUUAGUGACCCAAAGCAGUCGAAUUCCACAAACUGGUCGCAAGUUUGUAAGCCGCGGACCUCGAGUAAAAUGAGUACGGAUAGUGUUUCAUCUUCUGAUUCACAAUGUAGUCAAACUAAUCAUAGCCGCUUAGAUCGGCACUUUAUUAUCAACAUGGACUUUGCCUUUGGAGCUCAGGCUGAAGGUAUUUGUAGAGCUAUCUUCAGCGUAUUUGGGCAUCGGAUUCGAAGCGUAAAUGUGAUUGGGAAAGCUGGUGGUUUUGUUGGGAAACGUGGUGACAUUCAGCUUCCCAAAGAGGUGCUUAUGUCCAAGUCUGGCCUUCUUGUGGAGGAUCCGCAGGACGAGUUACGUCGUUGCCGCAAUCAAGGGCUCACAGCAGAGCGUCUACAACAGCUGGCAGGUCCAAAUGUGUCAGUCCAUGAGGGGCGACUUCUCACGAUUGCAGGUACGAUGCUACAAAACGUGCGAAUGUUGAAGUUCUACAAGCGUAUUUGGGGUUGUGUGGGAGCUGAAAUGGAAGGGUCGUAUUUUGCGCGUGCACUUGAGGAUUUCUACCGCCAAGGCAUCGCCAACCGAGCGUUGGAGACACGCUUUGCGUACUACACGAGUGACUUGCCUCUGGUUAGCUGCACCCCAAAUGGCGUUGCAAGUGCCUCUCUCUCCGCCCCCAUGGCGCCGGCCGAGGGGGUUCCACCACUCUACGCUAUUGUGCGGGGUAUUCUGGAAAAUAUCCUCCUCCCCGGCUGA